AUGGCGCGGUGGUGUCAGCUGGCGGCGGUGCUGCUCGCCGUGUCGAUGGCGGCGUCGACGUCGGUGGCGCAGGACGCGCUGCAGACCAAGUGCCAGGGGGACCUGCAGAAGCUGUCGGACUGCAUGGACUACGCGACGGGGCACGAGGAAACGCCGUCGGCCAAGUGCUGCGAGGACACGGCGGACACGCAGAAGGCGCGGCCCGAGUGCCUCUGCUCCAUCAUCCAGCAGGUGCACAGCGGCAGCCACGGCGUGCAGCAGCUCGGCCUCCGCUUCGACCGCCUCCUGGCCCAGCCCGCAGCCUGCAAGCUCACCUACGCCAACGUCUCCCUCUGCAUCAACCUGCUGCACCUGACCCCGAGCUCGCCAGACUACGCUCUCUUCGCAAAUGCUUCCAAGAUUACUCCGUCCACUGCCGCACCGGCGAGAGACACCGCCGACGGCUUCAAGGUUUCGCCGGGACUCGGUUACGGCGUCGUGGCAGCGGCCGUCGUCUCUGCUGUCUUCUCAUCCAUCUUCUGA